UUUUCUUACCAUUUGGUUUGGGCGUCAUCUUCUCUGUGCUGCCUGUACGAGGAGAGAUGUGUAGCGCCAUGAUCGAGGCUGCAGCCGGUGAUGAUCUUACCACGCUCCGUGACAAGACAUUCGCGGCGUUCAGAAAUAAAUGUCGACUGAACAAAGACCAACUCGAUGAGAGCAAAUCUUGCUUUUUCUCCACCAUGGCUGCAAGACAACACACGUUCAAGUUCAUCCUGAAGCCUCUCAGCAUGCCUUUCCGGUUGAACUUCGCUGUGAAGAUCAAGCAAGGUGCUGCAAUAGCCCUGGCAGAGAACACCACACAUGGUUCCAUCUUUGCCGAGAUGAACAUCGGAAGUUUGGAGAAUAUUCGCGCACUGAUGAGAUCCUGCUAUUUUGUCGAGUGUCCUGACUUGGUUGCUACUCACCAUGAGGCAGGUCUGGUUAACGCCACUGAAUACCGCCCCUUCUGGAUCGACUACAAAGGGGGCGUGAUCAGGGUCGGUAAAGGAGGACAGGAGGAGGCUUUCUUGGAGUGGGACGCCGGUGCAUAUCACCAGCGAGUAGCAACUCAAGUACGUAUUGGUAUCGCUUCACGGUCUUACGCCAACGGAGACUGGGUGUUUUACAAAUUCUGCGAGUGAGAAUUUAUUAGGACCGUUGGUAAAUUUCUUCUUUGAAUAUUUGAAAUUAUUGACGUAAGUGGAAUUGAGUCGCUAAUCAAAACGCACUGUGAACUGGAAAACUAGAAUUAAAUUAGUUCGCACGGUCUAUAAACCCUUGUCGAAAAUGUGAACGAAUUUUGAUUUCUUUGCGCGUCCUUCGCACUUGUUGCCAAUAAUCUAUUAAAGGCCUUCGAAAAGUGACCCCUUCGUCACAUAUUUAUUGUCAAAUGUAUUUUGAUUUUCUGAUUACGUGAAUUGGGAGAAAAUUCGUGUUCACAAUCUGACUGUCGUAUGAAGGUUCAUUCCUGUCGUACUACUUGCAAUUGUGUUUACGUUUGUCCAUAGUAGUAGUUUGCAGAUCAAAAGCAAUUUAUUCCGAGCCGUUGCUUCGUGAACAUAUAUCAGAUGUGUAGUUCUUUUUGUUUGGUUUAUUUCUAACUGAAUAAACUGGACAACGGCUUCUGGCUAGCGCCCCUUGAACAAAGACAUUGAUAAAUUGGGGAACCGCCAACAUAGGGCUGAAUAGCUCAGUUGGUAGAGCACCGAAACGGCAAUCCGGAUGUCGCAAGUUCAAAGCCCGCUCCAGUCUUUAUCUUUGUUUAACUUUUGUUUAAAUGAAAAUCCUUUGUUUAAAAAAAAAACAAGGGCUUAUAAAAAUCAAUUAACAACAUCGCAUAAUGCUCUGCUUCUUUGCAACCAAUAUCUCUCCUUGUAAGUUAACUAAAUAGUCUUCUGCUAAAGGCUUUAGCAUUGUUCCAUGUUCCAUUGUUCGAAUUAAAUCCGUAGCGGUGAAAAGAAAUAGCUUUCAUAUAUUCAUUGGUAAAUCCUCCAAAAAAUGAAUUUGGAGAAAAAAACUUAAUGGUUUAAUUUCACUCGUUCUUAAGUCAAAUGUCUCACAUACUAAACUUUAUUAGUAAAUUGUAGGUAGGCCUAUAUUACUAAGUUUUUACCAGCCUACCCUUUGACCGGAUAUACAGCUCACAUUGUCACGGAUUAUUUUGACAGAAAACGUGAAGUGAGAAAGUAGAGAGCCCACUUGAAAAGAACAAUUUGAAUUUGAAAUAGAAGGUCCAUUAUUUUGGAAGUAUAGUUUGUGAAAAAUAUAGAAAAGCUAAUUCAUUUUAAUUACCGAUUUUCGGCCCUUUUCACUCUGAUUUUCGGAGCAGUGUAUUCAUAACAAGCUGCAGAUUCUGAUCUGGUGGUUCAGUCUUAUUCUGCUGACUGACUUCGAGAAAUGCGUCCUUUCAGUAUUGUUGCUUUGUUCUUACCAUUUGGUUUGGGCGUCAUCUUCUCUGUGCUGCCUGUACGAGGAUAGAUGUGUAGCGCCAUGAUCAAGGCUGCCUAGCUCAGUGCAAUUAAGUUUGAUGUCAAGUUAAACAAGUAUAUGUCGAUAAACUGAUUUAUUAUGUUGAUUAAAGUUUAAAUGCCACUUGCUAGCUUGGUAUUCCAGUCAGAAAUUUAAACGAUAUCUAAAAUGUAACAGUUUGAUCGCUUGAUGGCGGUUGACUGCUUUGUCUGCGGGACACGAUAUAAUUCUAAUAUUCGACAAGUAGAAAAAAUACACUCUAACUUAUAUCACCAAAUUUGACAGUUUAAGGAGCUAAUAAAUAGCAGAAACCACAAGGUUCAAAACGCACUACAAAAAUGAAUUCAAUGAAAUCCAUCCCGACAACCAUGUGAAAAUUCCGGAUAUUAGAGAAUGGAAUAAUUAUUUGCAUUCAUGUGAAUGAUGUUAAUUCGUGUUUUGGUACUAUACGUGUUUAUCCUAUUUAUGUAUUUCUGGUUUCAUGUGCCUUUUAAUGUACUCUCUAUAACUUUACAGUUUAUGAAAUAAAAGCUCUUUAUUUUA